GAUCUGCAAACACGCCUUCAUCGACUAACCCUCAAUACCAUUGACAAACCCUUGCUGCUGAACCUCAACCGUACAAAACUCCUCAGAAGGUCGACCACAAUCCCACUCGCUGCCCCAAUUCAAUAUCUGAGCCCUCCUCCAGCCCAAUCGCAAGCCGCAGCUCUCCGGCGAGACUCCCUGCGCCGUGGUCAUCACCUCAGGCAAAGCGGAAAGACCACUACCACUGCAAACAUCGGCCUCUCCCUCGCGUGCCUCAGCUUCUUUGUCGUCGCCAUUGAUGCAAAGUCGCAAACGUCGACCUCCGCAACCUCGACCUGCUCAUCGACCUCGAGAACCCCAUCAAAUACACAGUCUUCGAGGUCCUCAAUGGCGAUGAGCCAAUGCUUGGAGAAGACGAAUUUGGAUCAAGAGGAUUCGGGUUUUCUUUUUCAAUUUCCCCAAUUUUGGCUCGACCACGCGAGGGCGGCGACGAAUUCGUUUGGCCGGAAUAAUUUGUGCUCA